GUUGCUAGCGGGGCAAUACAUAUGGAUUAUAUUCCUACCUUCUCUUGACAAACCCACCUCCCCAACGAGAUCACAUUCGUUAGAUCAAGUUGAAACUCAGGCGCUCGAUCUCCGUAUUACGAAAUCAGUUCUUCUUAUAACAACAGAAAGAUCCACAGACACAACAGCCAACCAAAAAAAGGAAAGAAAAGAUGUCCGCGGCAACGAACCCCGACCCGUCGCCCGGCUCGCUCGCCUUCGUGCCGCUGGAGGCGAACCCGGAGCUGAUGACCUCGCUGCUGCACAAGCUGGGGCUGAGCCGCGCGCUGCAGGUGCACGACGUGUACUCGAUCACGGAGCCGGAGCUGCUGGCCUUCGUGCCGCGGCCCGCGCUCGCGCUGCUGCUCGUCUUCCCCGUCUCGGCCACGUACGAGUCGGCGCGCCUGGCCGAGGACGCCGGCGUCGACGAGUACGCCGGCUGCGGCGACGGCGAGCCCGUCAUCUGGUACAAGCAGACCAUCCGCAACGCGUGCGGGCUCAUGGGCCUGCUGCACGCCGUGUCGAACGGCCCGGCGCGGGGGUUCGUUGAACCCAACACCCCUCUCCAAAACCUAAUAACCGCCUCCGUCCCGCUCCCGCCCGCCCAACGCUCCGCGCUCCUGGAGCAGACCCGCGAGCUCGCGACCGCGCACCACGAGGCCGCGAGCCAGGGCGCGACGGCGGCGCCCGACGCGCGCGACGACGUCGACCUGCACUACGUCUGCUUCGUGAAGACGGAGGACGGCACGCUGUGGGAGCUCGACGGCCGCCGCAAGGGCCCCAUCGCGCGCGGCAAGCUCGACGACGCCGAGGACGUGCUCUCCGAGAAGGCCCUGCUCUGGGGCCCGCUCAAGUUCCUCGAGCGCGGUGGCGGCGAUAUGCGGUUUAGCUGCGUCGCGUUGGCGGGGGCUUUGGAGUGAUGGUGAUGAUGGUCGUGGUGUGGGACUGGUUAGGAAUUUUAUGUCGUGGGGAAGGGCGUUGAGUGUUGUUAUCUACAAUCAUGGCGUUAGGAUGGGGAGAAAGGGGGAAUUCAUUCUGCUUUAAUGGGUGAUCCAUGCCUACUCGCGUACAUGGUACCACGUCGGAAUCACGAAAUUAUACGAAGAUAUUUCAUGAAUUGGUUGGUUGACCGAUCUAGUUCUAGCCUUGACAGAAGCAACGCGAGCAAUACUGACAAUUUCGUGAUACCACAAUGGCUUUGCUAAUUACCCA